GCGGUAAGUCAGCUGACUUUCGUUGUUUCCCCGGCUCCUGCGCAGCUUGGUGUGUGCGGACCGUGAAGGACUUCGGAAAGAGGGGAGUGGUUCUGUAGAAAUCCUGCCCAAGAAGAUGAAGAAAAACAGAGAAAGAUACUGCAACAGAGAGAGGGAAUUUGUAUAUAAAUUCAAAGUGGGAGGUCAAUGCUUAGAACUGAGGGUGCCCCUCAAAUUUCCUGUUCAAGAGAAUGCCAGUCAUUUACAUGGACGUCUGAUGCUACUACACAGUUUACCAUGCUUUAUAGAAAAAGACUUAAAAGAAGCUCUGAGUCAGUUUAUAGAAGAAGAAUCCCUCAGAGAUUAUGAUAGAGUUGCUGAAGCAUCUCUGGAAGCUGUGAAAUCAGGUGAAGUAGAUUUACAUCAGCUGGCAAGUUCAUGGGCCAAAGCUUAUGUCGAGACCACCUUAGAGCAUGCGAGGCCUGAAGAACCCAGCUGGGAUGAAGAUUUUGCAGAUGUGUACCAUGACCUGAUCCAUUCUCCCGCCUCUGAAACUCUCCUAAAUUUGGAACAUAAUUACUUUGUUAGUAUCUCAGAAUUGAUUGGUGAAAGAGAUGUGGAGCUGAAAAAACUGAGAGAGAGACAAGGUAUUGAAAUGGAAAAAGUGAUGCAGGAACUGGGAAAAUCACUGACAGAUCAAGAUGUGAAUUCACUGGCUGCUCAGCAUUUUGAAUCCCAACAAGAUUUAGAAAAUAAAUGGUCAAAUGAAUUAAAACAAUCAACUGCCAUCCAAAAGCAAGAGUAUCAGGAGUGGGUAAUAAAACUUCAUCAAGACCUAAAAAACCCGAACAACAGCUCCCUCAGUGAGGAAAUUAAAGUUCAACCAAGUCAGUUCAGAGAAUCUGUAGAAGCAAAUGGAAGAAUUUAUGAGGAACAGAGAAAGUUAGAAGAAAGCUUUACCAUCCACCUAGGGGCCCAGUUGAAGACCAUGCAUAAUUUGAGACUGCUGAGAGCAGAUAUGCUGGACUUCUGUAAGCACAAAAGAAAUCAUCGAAGUGGUGUGAAACUCCACCGACUCCAGACGGCACUAUCACUUUAUUCCACAUCUCUCUGUGGCCUGGUUUUAUUAGUUGAUAAUCGAAUCAAUUCAUAUAGUGGUAUUAAAAGAGAUUUUGCCACAGUUUGCCAAGAAUGCACUGACUUCCACUUUCCACGAAUUGAAGAGCAACUGGAAGUCGUCCAGCAGGUGGUACUUUAUGCAAGAACCCAACGCAGGAGUAAGUUGAAAGAAUCACAUGAUUUCGGAAACCAAAACGGAGGAAGUGAUGACAAGACUAAAAAUGCUGAUAGAAACUAUUUAAAUAUUUUACCUGGAGAAUUUUACAUCACACGGCAUUCUAAUCUCUCAGAAAUACAUGUUGCUUUCCAUCUUUGUGUGGAUGACAAUGUGAAGUCAGGAAACAUCACUGCUCGUGAUCCUGCCAUUAUGGGGCUCCGAAAUAUACUCAAGGUUUGCUGUACCCAUGACAUCACAACAAUAAGCCUUCCUCUCUUGCUGGUGCAUGAUAUGUCAGAGGAAAUGACUAUACCGUGGUGCUUAAGGAGAGCAGAACUUGUAUUUAAGUGUGUCAAAGGUUUCAUGAUGGAAAUGGCUUCGUGGGAUGGGGGAAUUUCUAGGACAGUGCAAUUUCUGGUUCCACAGAGUAUUUCUGAAGAAAUGUUUUAUCAACUCAGUAACAUGCUUCCCCAGAUCUUCCGGGUAUCAUCAACACUUACUCUGACGUCCAAGCACUAAACCCUUCCCGGAUGGACAACACUGGCAGAAGGGGUAUUGCCGGCUUCCCCAGGGACUUGUGUGCCAGGAUUUCUGUCAGGCAAAAGAGGCCCAGAAAGAGAACUUGCAACCCAGGCCACAGACCAGAUCCUGAUAGACAUCUGUCAGGCUUUCCCAAAGGUUGUGUACUACACAGACUAGUGAUCAGCCCCUUGUACCUUUAUUCAUAAAGCUUCUUUAUGGAACUGUGUUUUUUUACUGUUAGGUCCUAUCUGUGAAUAUUAGUUGUUACUUCUGUUACUUUUAUAAUAUUAGUUAAAACUUCCUAUAUGUCAUACAUAGACACUUGAUAUAAGAGGUGGUUCACGUGGAGACACUCGACUUUUCCAGGAGGCUUCAAUCAUAUAUCAUCAGCGCACACACAAAAUCUCCCUCUACCUAAUUUGCCAAGUGAAAAUUUAAAACACUGAAAUUUACAUGGCAAGUAUGAAUUUCUUGAGAAAAUCUUUUUGUAGAGAUACAAAUAUGUGAGACAAAUGUGCUUAAUCUUUUAAAUUCUCCUGUUUCAGAAGCUUGCUUUUAAUGUAUUUUUUCUAAGGUUUUAUAAGCUAAGAGUUAGAAAAAGAUUGGAUUAUUUGCCUCUGUCUCAUCUUCCCUAUUUGGCUUUGCCCGUGUCCUUAACUGCAUUUCAUGAGCUGGGAAGAUCGUGUGCCUAUUUGCAAGCCCAGUGGAAGGUUAGUCUAGACCAGCAUCUGGCAGUAUUUGAUUGCUCAUCAACACUGGGACAAUCACCCAGUGAGGUUAAUCCUCCAUCCUGCUUCCUGUAUUCUCAGCUUCUUUCUUCUUCUGGCAUUUCUUCAUUGAUAAACUAUGUCGCCAUUUCUGUCUCUGUUCUGUUUCAUCUCCUUUUCCAUUGUCUUCUGUUGCAGAACUUUCUUAGAUGCGGCAUGUCACCUCUUUAUCCCAUCUGUAACACUGGCUAGAGUAGUGACUAUGUUGAACAAAGGCAUUUACAAAAGCUACAGUUUCAUGAAACUGAAGUUGUAUGUUGUAUAAUUGGCCGUGGGUGAAAUGGUGGACCUCUGACAUGCUGAGAUGGUAUAUCUUGAUUCCAGGAAAUAAAAAGCGCUGUAUUAGUAUGCCUAUAUUUACUAACUUAGAGAAACUCUGUUGACAUAAAAAAUGCUUUCUGAUAA